AUGGCUUCAAGCGCCCAAUACCAGAUCAAUGAGCCAACUAGUGCCGACUUUGACGAAUGGUCUGCCAUGUUUCGGGCGUAUAUCGACUUUUACCAGGCUACCAUUGAGGAAGAGCAAUACAAACGAACCUUUGAUCGCAUCCUUAACAAGGAGAAUGAUCUCCAAGCCCUGGUCUUAAGGAGGACUCUUGAUGGGAAAGAAUCGAUAGUGGGCAUUGCCCAUUUCUUCCCCGAGCAAACGCCGUGGAGCGAGAAACAAAUCUUGAUGCUUAAUGAUCUGUUUGUUGAUCCAUCCGUUCGUGGCCAGGGCCAAGGACGCAAGCUCAUUGAGGCCGUCGCUGAGAUUGCCAAGAAGAUGGGUUGCUUGCGCCUGCAAUGGCUCACGAAGCAUGAUAAUACCAGAGCCCGCAGCCUAUACGACACGUUGGCCCAGACCUCGUUCGUGCAGUAUCGAAUGAGCUUGGAUUAA